UGCCGGGACACAGCUCAGCCCCGUCCCCACAGUGCCCAGCAGUGCCCUCACAGGGCAGCCCCAGUGCUCCGAGUGCCACCACCCCAGAGGAGCAUCCCUGCUGCUCUCGCCCCUCCUCGGGGCUUCCUGUGCAAACCGGGGUGCGGGCUGGGCUGGGACGGCACGAGGAGGUGACCCCAGCGAGGGCAGUGCGGGGCUGGUGGCUCUGGGGGAGGCUGGUUGGGUGCUGGGGGGAUCCCUGCGUGUUCUCUCACCGUGUUCAUUUAUUUGUGCUUGUGUCACAUCAUAUAAAGAGCUGGGGGCGAUUUCAGACCCUUCGGUGCUGUGGACUCUGGCAGUUCUCUCGGAUCAGGGGGCCUGGAGGGGACAAGGACAGCCCGGGCUGGCCCGUGGGGACACGGCUCCAGGACCCAGAGCACAGGGACGGGUUCUCCGAGCCGGGACGCUCGGGGUUAAGCUCUGGAGGAAGGAUGUGCUGGGAAGCGUGGCAGGAGCGCCUCGAUUAAUUACUCUGUGCUAAUGAAUGAAGCCUGGGAGGCGUCGCGGACCGUCCCGGGGCCCCGGUGUUCCCAAAGGCCCGGCAGCCCGGGACAUGGUGCAGGGUGAAGAGCACAGAUAAAGACCCUCCCAGCGCUCACUGCAGAGCCCGUCCCGCCGUCCCGAGGGCUCCAUGCGGCAGGACACGGGCUGAUGCCCUCAGCUCACCCCGCCAUGGAGGGGGGGAACAGCUUCCCGCAGCACCAGCAGCCGGGCGAUGCCCUGUGUGGCAUCCCCGGCCUCCGCUCCCAGCUCGCCCUGCCGGACAUGGAGAAUUCCAUGCUGGCCGCCAACUCAUGGAGUAGCUGCUACUCUGCCUCUUUCCCAACCUCGUCCUUCCCAAGUGAAAACCAGCAAUAUUUUAACCUCCCUCAGGAUUUUUAUACGGAUUCCAUCAGCAGACCACAAUUAUUGGAUACAAACUAUGCAACUGUGGACCCCGCUGACUUCUUACCAAAAAAUGGGGAUUUUCUUCAGGAUUCUUCAUACCUCGAUGAGCUCUCCAACAACUCCCUCUUCUCGUCCCCCGCGGAUUCCCUCUCGGACAUCGCGGAUCCCAAGGACUUCCUGUCCGCCGACAGCCUGAACCACGUGCCAACACUAUGGGAUGUGAACAUGCCACCCAACCCCAUCGAGCUGUUCUCAUCCAGCACACCAUUCCCUGGCCUGAAUAGCUCCCACGACCACGUUCCUGCUGUCCCCAACACCCCACUCCUCACCAGCUACCAGUCUCAGGCUCCUGCAGAGGAGGAGGACGAGGGUGAGGAGGAAGAAACGGAAGAGUUGGGACAAACGGAGACCUAUGCAGAAUACAUCCCUUCAAAGUCCAAGAUUGGGAAGCACCACCCUGACCUGGUGGUUGAGACGAGUACCCUGUCCAGCGUUCCCCCCCCUGACAUCACCUACAGCCUGUCCCUGCCGUGCUCCGUGGCUGACAAGGGCUCCCUCUCUGCACUACAGCUGGAAGCAAUCAUCUAUGCCUGCCAGCAACACGAAGUUUUAUUGCCCAAUGGGCAGCGAGCUGGGUUCCUCAUUGGGGACGGUGCCGGAGUGGGAAAGGGCAGGACCGUUGCGGGCAUCAUCUUUGAAAAUUAUCUUAAAGGGAGGAAAAAAGCUCUGUGGUUCAGCGUCUCCAAUGAUCUCAAGUACGAUGCUGAGAGAGACCUGAGGGACAUUGAGGCCUCCCACAUUCCUGUGCAUGCUCUGAACAAGAUUAAAUACGGUGACACAGCUACCUCAGAAGGAGUCCUCUUUGCCACCUACUCGGCGCUGAUCGGCGAAAGCCAGGCCGGGGGACAGCACAGGACGCGCCUAAAGCAGAUUUUGGACUGGUGCAGGGAGAACUUUGAUGGAGUUAUUGUGUUUGAUGAAUGCCACAAAGCCAAAAACGCCAGCUCUACCAAAAUGGGCAAAGCAGUGCUGGACCUGCAGAACAAGCUGCCUCAAGCAAGGGUGGUCUAUGCCAGUGCCACAGGUGCCUCGGAGCCAAAAAACAUGAUUUACAUGAGCCGCCUGGGGAUCUGGGGGGAGGGGACCCCGUUCCGAGCCUUCGACGAGUUCCUGCAUGCGAUUGAGAAGAGGGGGGUCGGAGCGAUGGAGAUCGUGGCGAUGGACAUGAAGGUCAGUGGGAUGUACAUUGCCAGGCAGCUCAGCUUCACUGGAGUGACCUUCAGGAUCGAGGAGAUCCCGCUGGAUGAGCAGUACAAGGCUGUCUAUGACAAGGCAGCCAAGCUGUGGGCAGAGGCCUUGAUGGUGUUCCAGCAGGCAGCCGACUGCAUCGGGCUGGAGUCUCGCAAGUCGCUGUGGGGUCAGUUCUGGUCGGCUCACCAGCGCUUCUUCAAGUACCUGUGCAUCGCUGCCAAGGUGCGGCGGCUCGUGGAGCUGGCCCGGGAGGAGCUGGCCAGGGACAAGUGCAUCGUCAUCGGCCUGCAGUCCACGGGGGAGGCUCGCACCAGGGAGGUCCUGGACGAGAACGAUGGGCACCUCAACCGCUUCGUCUCUGCUGCAGAAGGCGUCUUUCUAUCACUAAUUCAGAAGCACUUUCCUUCAACCAAAAGAAAGAGAGAAAAAGGAACUGGCAUUAAAAGAAAACGGCGGCCGAGGGGCCGGUGGCCCAAGGCCUUGCGGGGCCUGUGUGACCCAGGGGUCAUCAAGAUCAGCGACGACAGCAGCACCGAGUCCGACGACUCGCCCAGCGACAUCAACUCCUCCCCCGAGUCCCUGGCCGAGACUGACGAUGUCAUCUUCGUGGAGCAAACCUACACUGGCUGUGCUGCCGAGGGUGGUUUUCACAUGCUGCCUUCCCAUAAAGAGCUGCAUGGCCUGAGAGAGCUGGAGAUCGUGGAAAAGAUGAAGCAGGACCUCCUGGCAAAAGUGCAAGCACUGGGCAAAGAGCUACCUCUCAACACCUUGGAUGAACUGAUUGAUUACUUCGGGGGCCCGGAGCACGUGGCUGAGAUGACGGGCAGGAAGGGCCGCGUUGUCCGCAGGCCCGACGGCUCCGUGGUGUUCGAGUCCCGCGCGGAGCAGGGGCUGUCCAUAGACCACGUCAACCUGAAGGAGAAGGAGCGCUUCAUGAACGGGGAGAAGCUUGUAGCCAUCAUCUCAGAGGCCUCCAGCUCAGGGAUCUCCCUCCAAGCAGACAGACGGGUGAAGAACCAGAAGCGCCGGGUGCACAUGACCCUGGAGCUGCCCUGGAGCGCGGACCGGGCCAUCCAGCAGUUCGGCCGAACGCACCGAUCGAACCAGGUCUCUGCUCCAGAGUACGUGUUCCUGAUCUCAGAGCUGGCAGGGGAGAGGAGGUUUGCAUCCAUCGUGGCCAAACGCCUGGAGAGCCUGGGUGCCUUAACUCACGGGGACCGACGGGCCACCGAGUCCAGGGACCUCAGCAAGUACAACUUCGAGAACAAGUAUGGGGCCAAAGCCCUGGACAGGGUCCUGUCCACAAUCCUCAGCCACAUGGAGAACAGAGUUCCUGUGCCCAAGAGCUACGAGAGACGGGAGGCCGACUUCUUCCGUGAAAUGAAGCAAGGGCUCAUCUCCGUGGGUGUCUUCUGCAAUCAGAUGAAGUACGGCACUGUCUCGGUGGAGAAGGAUUGCUCCAUCACCAAGUUCCUGAACCGCAUCCUGGGCCUGGAGGUGGACAAGCAGAACAUGCUCUUCCAGUAUUUUUCUGACACCUUUGACUAUCUGAUUGAGAAGGACAAGAAGGAGGGCAAAUACGACAUGGGCAUCCUUGAUUUAGCACCAGGAGUGGAUGAGAUCUAUGAGGAGAGCAAGGAGGUUUUCCUGACCCCGGGGCACCCGCAGGAUGGGCAGGUCGUGUUCUACAAGAUCAGCGUCGACAGAGGCUUAAAGUGGGAAGAAGCUUAUGAGAAGUCGCUCAAACUGACAGGAGCCAAUGAAGGGUUCUACCUCUCCUACAAGAUGCGAGGCAGCAAAUACACCUGUCUGCUGGCAGAGCAGAGUCGUGGGAAGAACUUCAUCCUCUACAAGCCAAAUAUUGGGAAGCAAAGCCAGCCUGAGAGCCUGGACAGUCUGCAGAAGAAGUACCGGCGGGUGGUGCCCGAGGAAGCCAAGGAGCACUGGGAGAGCAGCUACCACUUCUCCUUGAAGAACUGUAACCACGCCGUGUGGAACAAGAGCUGCAAGCUGAUCCAGGAGGGGAAGGAGUGCUUCCAGGGCAUGCGCCUGCGGCACUACUACAUGUUGUGCGGGGCCCUGCUGCGGGUGUGGAGCAGGAUCGCCGGCAUCAUGGCCGACAUCACCGCCAGCAGCUACCUGCAGAUCGUCCGCCUCAAGACCAAGGAGAAGAAGAAGCAAGUUGGGAUAAAGAUCCCCGAGAGCUGUGUCCACAGGGUGCGGGAGGAGCUGAAGCAGAUGGACGAGGACGUGAAGCGGAAGCACAGCCGGCUGCUCCAGGCCCAGGAGCAGGGCCCACCCUUCUCCCUGCCCCUGCCCCUCCUGCCGGGGCCCAGGCUGCCCCUGUCCUUGCCCUCCCUGUGCCAGGACGAGAUCCUGGACUUGACCUGCAGCCCUCCCAGCAACAGCAUUUCCGACGUGGUGAUGAACCCGGAGCCUGGAGCGCUCUGUUUCCCCUCGGAGCCCCCCCUGCACCCCCACCAGCAGCACCAGUUGCCCUUUUGCUUUGGCCUGGAGGGCGGGGUGGCCCCCGGCCCCUCACGGCACCAGCCCCCAGCCCCGCCGCCCCUGCAGCAGCCACAGGAGGAUUUUCUCCAUCAAGAUGGGAGUAUCAAUUUUAGAGAGAUCCUGGAGGACAUGCUGAGGACGUUCCCCCAGGAGAACCUGCUCCCCCCGGAGCGCCAGAGCGUGAUCCAGUUCAGCGGGCCACACCUGGAGUUCUGAGUGCCAGCCGGGAAUGCCAGCGGCGCUCGGCCGCUGUGGAUCUGCGUCCUCUGGUGCAGAGGUGAGAGCUGAGGAGCCCUGAAUUUCCUACUGGUUUGGACUGACCAUUUUGUGGUUUUGAGGAAGGAAACAGGUUUGGGUGGAAUGUGCCUGGGGGAGCAGAGUGGGUCCCGCUGGACCGAGGGGCUCUGCUGUGUCAAGUCCUGCUCGCAGGUCAGUGCCUGUGUGGGACUGAGGGGAGACCCCCCCCUCCUGUGCCCACCCCCACAGACUACUGAGUGUCCCAGCCAGGCCAGGCCUUGCCCAGCCCUCCA